AACGCUGCUCGCCAACGCACGUCAGUAUCGCUUACCAGACCACGCGCGUUUUUCGCUGCCGCUGCCGCUGUCGAAUUUCGAUCCAUUUUGUCGUCAUAGUUGCAAUGUCCCAAUAAAUGCACAUCGUCUAUAUUAUAGCAUACUUAUUAAAUGUGUGACAAUAAAAAUAAUAAUCGUAUCGAGCAGAAUUACGAUUAGAUUUCUUAACUCUUAUCGCCUAGAAUCGAUAUUAUUUUGCUCGGAAAAUAUACCGUAAAACCACGGCACAUAUGGGAGACUAAGAGCAACUGCUUUCAUUUCGAUCGUUAAUUUAUUUGUUAUACACUUAUAUCUACACUAAAGUUAUAAACUAAAACAUAAAUAUUUUCGUUUUUGUUUUUACUUUUAUUGUGUAUUCGAAUAAAUUAUGAUCAACAGUCCGCGAGAACAACAGGUGCAGGACGAACCGGUAGAUCAUCCGAAGAUACUAUCGUCUUUUAAUAACCGAAAUCCGUCGUUCACAGGAGCAAUUGAAAACGGUGAAAUAGAAAUUGACAAGAGAAACGGAGUAUAUGACGUGCCCCAACAAACUGAAAACGUAUACGUGCAUUUGUCGAGUAAACCUAUUAGCCAAAUGCUAGAAAACUGGAAUCAAGAAGACCGCGCAGCAGUAGUGUACCAACAAAAUUCUAUGAAAACUGAAUUGAGAUCACCCGCAGAUUGUUGCGGUAGGUCUACGAGGUAUUUCACUGAUCAUUACUACCCGCACUCGCCAACCAAUUUCAGAAGUCUGGCCACUAGAAAUCUGUACUAUGAUUAUUACGAUCCACCUGCAGUAAUGACGCACAAGAAAGACCCAGACGCCAAGUCAUAUUACGGGCAGGACGCCAAUGAUAACGCGACAAGAUACCCAACGCAAGGUGGUUCGCCGUUGUUUUUGAGCACGUCUGACGUAUUCAACUACCAUCACUCGACGCAUAUGCACAUACAACCAGCUCCUCCGCCCCCGCUCUCGCCGCCACCUCCGCCACUACCACCGACGAUAACAAUUAGCAAAGAUCAUCAAGACGGCGAAGUUUCAGAAUCAAAGACGGUAGCAUCUUUGGGCCACGAAGGUAAUGGAGCAGGGUACACCGGAAUUACCGUUCCGCCACAACCUCAGCGCAGAGGCGCAUUGCAACUGUGGCAGUUCCUGGUCACUUUGCUAGACGAUCCAAAUAAUGCAUCGUGUAUCGUAUGGACCGGAAGGGGCAUGGAAUUUAAACUCGUUGAACCAGAAGAGGUAGCCAGACGAUGGGGAUUACAGAAGAACAGACCUGCAAUGAACUACGACAAAUUGAGCAGGUCGCUCAGGUAUUAUUACGAAAAGGGAAUCAUGCAGAAAGUGGCGGGCGAACGGUACGUUUACAAAUUUGUUUGCGACCCCGAGGCGCUCUUCAACAUGGCGGCCACGUACGAUUAUGCUGCAGUAUCCGAUACGUCUGGUGGGCACGGUGCCGUCGCGGUCUCAACCGCGGGCCAUCACCAUCAUCUGCACCACCACCAUCACCACCAUCACCACCAGCAGCUGGCCACCAGGUAUGCGGCGGCGGCGGCUGCGGCUGCUGCUGCUGCUGCGGCCGCUGCCACCGCGGCGGCCAACAUGCACACCUCGGCCGGUGCAACUCCGUCAUCGGUGUACGGUGGUCCAUCGCCGGCGGUCGGGUCCGACGUCGACGGAAGCCGCUGCUCUUACGGUUGCACUUACGGCGGCGGCGGCGGCAACGACGGCGGUGGUAAGUCCGUCACGGCCGUCACCGCCACGACUGCAACGCCGGCAAACGCGACGACCACUUCGCCAACAUCAUCGCCGUCGCUGUCGUCGUCCACAUCGUCCUCGUCGUCCUCAUCGUCCACGUCAUCGUUGACCGACGGCGGCGGUGUCAAGUCCGAAUCCGGCAGAGACUGUAAGUCGACUGCAGUGGUAGCGGCCAGUAGACGCCAUCACCAUCACCAACACCAGAGGCCAGAGAUGACAAUCAACCGUCACCCACACCAACACCACCUUCAACACCAUCACCAUCACCACCAACUCCACCACCAGCAGCAUCAGCAACAGCAACAGCAACAACAGCAACAACAGCAGCAGCAGCAGCAGCAGCAACAACAAUUACAUCAGCAACAGCAUCGACAUCACGGAGAAGAAUUGACCGUCGACCAUCAACAUCACCCGGCAUUGGUGGUUGACACGGUCACCACCGCCACGGCCAGCGAUGGAGUCGGUUACUGGGCGGCUGGCGUUUUCGUCCGAUAAUACCAACACAAAAUUAACUUAAUCAUCUGUAAGUUUAGUAGACGUGAUAUUAUUUUUUUUAAUUUUUUUUUUUGAUCUCUAGUGUCUCGGAACUUAUUUCACAUAAUUCAAUACGGUGUAAUGUUGUGAAUCAAUUAAGAUCGACCAAAUAUAAUAUAUACGAGUUUUGAGGACAAAGCUCAUAUUAGGGAAGCAAGAAUUAAGGUCUCAGGGCCUAUUGAUUUUAAGGCUUCAUCUCUUUCUACACGUUAAAAAUAAAUUACACAAAAUGAAAUAAAAUAUAUUCACAUCAAGAAAAAUUACUAAAAGAUAAAUUCAUAUAAGUUGAUAUUCGAUAAUAAUAUAUUACGAUAAAUUUGUAAACUAUAUAGUUAAAGUAAGAAUUAAAUGGGGACCCUGAUUAUUCAAAAUGCCAUAAUACUUUCCUAAUCACUGUUUUUUGAUUUUUGUGAUUAAGCUAUGAUUAAUAUUAUAUGUAAAAUAAUCCUUAGCAAAGAAAGAGUUUCUAUCUUAAUUAUAGGUAUACCUAAAAUAAUUUUGCGUCAAAAUGUCAUAAUUUACUUAAAUUCCAAAAUAUUUUAAUAAUCAAGAUAAAAUAUAUUAUACUAUAAUACUACUCAUAAAUGAAAUACUUCAAAUUCUAGCUAAAAAAAAAAUCAGCUUUAAUAUAACUUAAAGUAGAGAUAAUUAUUUAAAUAAUAACUUUUAUUUUAAGCUUUUUAUAGGUAUACUUUCCAAUUUCUAUUUAAUACAUGAGUUGAAUUUAUUAUUUACUAUAAAAAUUAAAUAGCAAUAUCAUUUAUCACCUAUAUUGCAGGUCGACUAAUAUAAUUUAAAGGUACAAUUGCUUAUAUAAUAAUAAACUAUAUAAGCCUUGACUGAAAAAUCUUAACAUUUCAUACUAAACUUAAAUUAAACAACAACAUUUAAAUUACAAUAUUUAUAAAAAUAUUAAUAUUAAAAUAUAAAAUUUUUUAAUUAAAACCGUAUAGAGUUAUAAUAUAGAGAUUAGUAUUAUACAUUUUAUAUGUUGAAAAUUAUUGAUGUUGAUAGAAAAAAUAAAUGGAAAAUAUAAUAUUAUAGAAAAUGGCAUUUUAUUCGGAACUUUAGAGUUGUCUAAAUAGCUAAUAAUAGCUGACUGUUCAACACCCGUUUAGGUAUAUACUCAUAGUCAAAAUAAAUAAUAAAUAAUAGUAAUUGUGUUCCCCGUACAUUUAUAACUUAUUAUAAUUUAUUAUGUUUGAUCUCUUGCUUAUCUAUAUUUCAUAAGCAAACGAAUAAUAUUUGUAUACUUUUUAAUCAGAUUUAGUGUAUGUUUAAAAAUAAAAUAUAAUAUACCUAAUAUAUACAUAUUGGUAUUACCUACCUAAACCCUAAACUACACUUUUAUAUUAUAUAAAUACAUAAUUAUUAUAUAUUAUUUGAUUUAAAUAAACAAAUAAUUAUUAUUUUAUAUUGAUAGAAUUUGAUCAUAUUUUUAUUUCACAAUAUCUGUGACCUGUGUAUUGGUGAAUAGUGCAUUGAAAUAUAACAUCAUGCCAUCAUAUAUUAGAUACCUAAACCUAAUGUCCAAUACUAAUGUCAUUUAACAUAAAGUAUAUAAUAUAUAUACUAUAAAUGUUACAGCAAUACAGCCUUACAGGUAUAAGUUGAAAUCAAACAAACUUUCAGAAAUAACCGGACAUAACGCGAAUUAACCACGAUAUUUGGGCAAACCUGUAGUAAAAUCUAUCGUAAGAUUUUAUUACGAUUAUAAAUGAUUACACAUGUAGUCAAUUUAUCGUUGUUGUCAUAUUUUAUCUAUUCCUUGUAAGUUGUAUUAUAUGUAUAUAGAUCACCUUAACUAAUUGGUAUAAUACUGCAGGGAGGAGGAUAAUAACUAUAUUAUUAUAUUAUAAUUAAUCAUAUAGAUAUGUAAGCCCCCAAAAAUAUAUUUUUAAAGUAUUUUUAUAAUUAAAUAUAUUAACUUUUUUAAUUCUUAAAAUGCAUAUACACACCUAGUAAUAUUAUAUUUUUAUUAUAAUUUAUUAUUUCCCGAUAAUAUCUGAGAUUUGCCCUAUUUCAACUUUUGUCCGUAACACAUACAUUAUAGAGUUAUAUAAAAUCUUUUUUAUGUGAGUGUGUAACAAAUUUGUUAAUUAUUAUAAAAUAACUCAACUUAAUCUACAUUUUAACAUUUUUGCUGCACACAAUUUGAA